GAAAGGUGGAGAAGGCGGAAGUGAACAGACUGCGGCUGUGGCUCAGAAAUAAACAAACUGCUUCCAGACUUCUGGUUUAUUAUUGACGGACACAGACAUGGACGAGACACUGUUUCAAUUAAAGUUCACAUCGAAGCAGCUGGAGAGACUGGCGAAGAAAGCUGAGAAGGACUCGAAAGCCGAGCAGGCGAAGGUUAAAAAGGCUCUCCAGCAGAAGAAUGUGGACUGUGCACGUGUGUACGCUGAGAAUGCCAUCCGUAAGAAGAACGAGGGAGUGAACUGGCUGCGUAUGGCGUCACGUGUUGAUGCCGUGGCCUCUAAAGUCCAAACCGCUGUCACCAUGAAAGGGGUGACUAAGAACAUGACCCAGGUGACCAAGGCUCUGGAUAAAGCUCUGAACUCCAUGGAUCUGCAGAAGGUGUCGGCCGUCAUGGACAAGUUUGAGACUCAGGUCCAGAAUCUGGACGUACACACUUCAGUGAUGGAGGACUCAAUGAGCUCAGCCACCACCCUGACAACGCCGCAGCAGCAGGUGGACGAUCUGAUCGUACAGAUUGCGGAGGAAAGCGGGCUGGAGGUGAUGGACCAGCUCAACGAGCUUCCUGCAGGAGCCUCCGCCAUUGGGGAGAGUUCAACCAGGACACAGGACAAGGAGGACCAGCUGUCCCGCAGGCUGGCGGCUCUAAGGAACUGAUUAUCUUCAAGCCGUUCCUCUAGAGAGUGAAACUGCUGAGGAGGGAGUGACGCUGGAGUGACGCUGGAGUGACGCUGGAGUGACGCUGGAGUGACGCUGGAGUGACGCUGGAGUGACGCUGGGAAGUGUUCACUGAUGGACUCCAGUUCUUAUUCUGGACUGAUUUUUUUUUUUUUAUUAUUAUUAUUCCUACCAUAAUCUAAUAAUUCACAGAUAUGUCUAUUUCUCUCUCUCUCUCACACACACACACACACACACACACACACACACACUGCUGGAAACAAUCUCCCAUUGUUUACAUGCGCGCACACUCUUUCAGAGUGAAGAUAAGUUGUCAUCUCUCUCUUACUGUGCGUGUGUGUGUGUGUGUGGAAGAGUAUCUUGAUUGGGUCUGGGUUUUUUUUUUAUCGAUUAAAAAAUAAGGAUAUGCACUGCCUAUAAUAGACAGGAUGUCCUUUAAAUACACAUACACACACACACACAUCCUAAGUGUAAGUGAUACACACCGAUAUAAACAGUGUGUAUGACUUGCACUCAGACGAGUGUGUGAGGACGAGCGGUGCAGACGAUACGUGCCGUAGCUACACUAAUCAAUAGUAAUGAAGCCAUAUGGAAUGCAGUUGCUAAGCCCCGCCCCUUUGCACAAACACACAUUUGUAUUAGCAUUGCCAAGAAAGCUGUUAGUGAUGUUCAGCCUUAUUGCACCACACACACACACACACACACACACACACAGUUACUCUUCCUCCUCAUUUUUUUCCUUCAUCCUCUUCAUCCUCUUC